AUAAAACAGCUUAUAACAUUUUCAAUUAAAGAAGUUUACAAAAAUAUGUUAGAUGUUCUAUUCUACCAAACACAAUGUUUAAAUUGGAAUCCUAUAUAACACCAGUGAUCCUCAGUUACGUAGAAAAAUAUGUAAAAAAUUUUAAGCCAGAACAAUCACAGGUAUCCCUGUGGGGUGGAGAUGCAUCGUUUCAAAAUUUAGAUUUACGGCUAGAAGUUUUGGAGGAGCAACUUAAUCUUCCAUUUGUCUUUGUCAGUGGCCACAUACACGAACUGCUGAUACAUGUUCCUUGGGUGAAAAUUACAUCUGAGCCAAUAGUUGUUACCAUUAAUACUAUAGAGUGUAUUUUGAAAUUGAAAGAUGAAAAUAACGCAGAAACUAAUACGGCGAUACUACAGAAGACAAAGGAGAUUGUGCAAGAGGAAGCGCCACCUGGAUACAUAAAAAGCAUAGUUACAAAAGUCAUUAAUAAUAUUACCAUCAACUGCAAUAAUCUCAUCUUGAAAUAUGUGGAGGAAGAUAUUGUACUUAGCGUAAAUGUCAGAUUUUUAAGCAUGCAUACUGUUGAUAAUAAAUGGGAGCCAGCGUUUGCUGAAGUAAACACUCAAGAGGUAAUGCUUAGGAAAGUCAUUACUAUUCAAGAUUUGACGUUGUGCUUGGAUAAGAUGGAUGCGUCGGGAAAGAUAGAAAUAUAUCAGGAUCCCGUCCUAUAUCGCUGCUCGAUGACAAUCCGUAUGAUUAUAAACUAUCACAGCAAUACCUCGAAGAGGGCGUCCAUCACGAGACUCGAUCUUCAUUGCGAAAAGAUGGAAUUCAGCAUGACCGAGCAGCAAGUACCGAUGCUGCUGAGACUGGCGACUUUAGUGAUGGCAUUACAAACGAAACAAUUCCCACCGAGCAGAGAGAAAUCUUCCAUCACUAUGGAUGAGAAGGAAGACGUUAUACAAGACGACACGAAUCAGGUAGCAGGCACUUCCGCAGAUGCAGUCGGGUGGGGCGGGUGGGCUUGGGACAUGGUAUCGUCCUUUCUGCCGGUUGAUCACGACUGGUCCGCUGAGCAACAACUGGCAUAUUCUGGUCACAUUGUACACUUAGGCGUUUAUAUAGACGAUGCUACUUUAACAUUUAAGAUUGUUGAAAGUGUGAAAGAGCAGUUAUUUUAUAAAUCUCGGAAACUUAGGUACAAAUCGUUUUUAUCGCUUCAGUUGAACGGAGUCGUGAUAGAUACUUUAAUUCAAGGAAUCGCGAUGACUACCUUCCAAGUCGGAGUGACAUGCAUACAGCUCUAUCCGCGGGGGACGUGCAGUUGUGGGCAUUUAGAAGUUGUUGAUGGUGUACAGCCGCCUCUUUACGUAACAGCUGGGAGCUUGAAUAUUGACUACUUGAAAGAUUCAUUGUUCGAUGAUGAAGCGAUUGAGAACAAAGGGAAGAAGAGAGAGUACAAGCAAGGAGUAGAUAACCAUUUGACGACGGUCUCAGUUGAAAAAUUGUUGGAAAGAUGUCCAGCAGCAGUGAUGGAUUACACUUAUUUUGUCGAACUGCCCGACGAUAUAACGCCGGAAAAAUUGCUUGAGCUUGGACCAAGCUUUGAAUACAGCAAUUUUCAAGAACGCAGGGUAAUUAGGUAUCUAGCAGGAGACUUGACAAUCAGAUUAUGCUCCGGUAUUUUUCAUCGUGUUGACACCAUCAAGCAAGCUGCAGCAAAAUACGAUUAUGAUCCCUACCUCGUAAUAAAACCAGAUCCUCUUAUCGAUGAGCUGCCUCCGGUUACAUUGGAAGAGUACGAAGCGCUUAGGGAGAACGUAUCGAUGACAGAAACAAGGUUGAUUUUGAAAAGGGCGUCGCUGCAACUGCAGCUAGCAGAUCAUUACGUUACAGGAAUGCCGCGACAACGCAAAAUUGUCGAAGCGCGGACUACUCCGCUGUCGCCGGCUCUUACAGAUGAUCCUUUCGUGAGCAUCGAAUGCGAUGAAGCGGUCGCUACAAUAAUUCAGCCUAUGUAUCCGUUCAGACUUGUAGCUUGCGCAUCAAAAUUGACAGAACUACCACCAGAAAUGUUUCCUCAGUGCCAUGUGAUCACUGACAUACAAGUGAUUGGAGCAAAAAGUCAACUUCACUUGACAAAGACCUGUGAUACUUCAAUAGUAAUGCCUUAUUCGGUAGACGCUACUUCCAAGACAUUGUUGUAUCCUCAAUACUGGCGGGACGUGGACAUGAUUCAGAAAUCGUACUCUUUCCAAUCAGACAGUAUUACCAUCACGGGAACUAAGGCAAAAUUGUUGGCCGCUACGUCUAUAGUAACUUCUGUUUUUAAUCCUGAAGAUACAACGAAUCCACUCGUGUCUUCUACUCUUUUCAACGAUGCCUGCCAGGAAAAAAGUCCAGUGUAUCUAGAAUUAUACAUAGAAAAUAUCAAUUGCAAGAACGUCUCAUCUUCAGUCAUAGUAUCAAGCAAGAUGAAUGUAGGAUCUGUUAAAAUAUUUGCUCUAAACGAUUCCCAACAAGCCUUUAUCCUUUCGGGUCCAGAGAAUCGUGACGGCAGUGAUGCAGUGAAUGUACCGCUUCUGUCUGCUGUGAUACAGUUUCCUAAGAAACUCGAGCUACAGACGUACCCGCCGCUUGUUUCGUUUAAAGUAGCCGAGAUCAGAGCUUCAAUGGAUCCACUCUUCCUCGAGUGGCUGGAGUAUCGUGCUGCUCAUCACAAAUUGGGAAGCGUACAUGUUCUACGUUCAGACAGCCAACAGUUGAUCACCGAAGGGACAUCGUCCGACACAGCUACGCGGAAGAAGACAUUCCCGAGUUUGCACGAGAGCGUGCACAGUUCAUCGGACAAAGAGAAGAGGAGAGCUGUGACGGAAAAGUCAAAGACGUUACGAAAUGAUGAGGCGCAGAGGAAAGAUGAAUGUAAAACGGAAGGCGACCAACAGAAAUCUGGAUUAUUGAUCAGAUUAGCAGAGUCGUAUUCGUGGUGGUGCAGUCUUGUACUAAGUGGUUACAUAGGACACAUUAUCAUUUACAUACCAUCUGACACGAUGAGUGGCAUUGGAGCUGAUGGCAUAGAACAAGCUAAAGACAGAGCCAUCGUAGAAGAUCACGCUCUACAAAUAAUGAUAAUCAAGUUGCCAAGUCUUCUUAUACAUUCGUCCAAUCUGAAUGCUGAUUUGCUUAGCCCACAUCUGCAGAAUCUUCCUGUUAGAUUGCCAGAGCCCAUAUGGACCUAUCGAAUACAAAGUUUUCCAUGGACAUUAAGUCUUAUCGACUUUCACUGUUACACAUUGCAACAACAGGUACAGAAGAAUUUCAUAAAAAAAGUCACGUUAAAUGCUACGGUGGCUCUUACUACCAAGACAGCUGCAACUCAGUCAAACGUGCUUACUGCCCUAAGUGUCUGUGUACAUAUUGAUAAUUCUCCUAUUAUUAUUUCACUCUCGGAAGAACAGGUCAUUUUUAUGAGCAAUAUAGCAUUAAAUAUCAUAAAGGUAUUACGUACUCUGUGUGACUCUCAGGAGGACAACGCAAUUAUACCACAGAUGAACAACGAAGCGCCAAUUCUCCCUGUCAUACCUCAAACUCCGUCCACUCCAACUCAAAUAAUGUAUCAGGAAGACACGACCACCAAUUCAACUAUGUCUACUUCGAAGGAUGAUCAAGGAUGUGAAAAAGAUGGUUUAAUCGUGACAGCGUGGAUUCAGUGGACCAUAACAAAAAUAGCAGUUAAAUUGUAUAUUAUGGGACAGGCAGACACAUCUUCAUUAAAAUUGAUACUAGAACUGGAAGAUAUCAUAACAUCUUUAGACCUGCAAUCGAUUUAUAUGCAACUGAAAAGUAAAAUAACAACAGCUACGGUAUUCCAUUAUAUUAGGGCUCCACAUGCACUAAAUUGGGAUAUCGGCGAAUAUGCUGGCCUGGUACUCUGCGGAAGAGAGGACAACAUAGAAAAAGGUGAUGAUUCCGGUUUCUUGAGUUUCACACUUACCAGGGCGAAAUCGGGGAACGUGUACACACGUUGGGGUACUCAUAAACGUUACAAACCUCAAAAGAAAGAACUGCUGAUCGAUUCUGCAUUGUCCACGAGCAACUACAUUUCGGAAAUACUGAUCAAAAUGCAAAUGGUCGAUGUGAUCUUACCACUCAGCGUAAUCAGCAGGUAUACCCAAUUAAUAAAGCCUUUUGCAUGCCUCGGUUCAUCAAUUGAGAAAAGCACGGACGUCGCUCGUGGUAAAAGCACAGCAACACCAUUAGAUGGUAUAACGAAUCUGAAUAAUGAAUCUUUACCAUUGAUACAUUUGGAGUUCAAAGGUUUUCGACUCAUGAUGCCAGCCUUGACUGACACGAAUAAAUUACAGCACGAUCUACUGAUGGUUCAGUUGGAUGGGAUUCGUAUCACACCGGAUGCGGAGAAUCCAAUUUGCAGAACCCCCUUACGCACUGAUAUAUAUCAGCUAGCUGCACAAGCAAAUAUAUUAAACGUACCAGGUUCGGCUGUGGAGGAUCGUCAGUAUCAAAUUAGCGUCAAAGGAGUGUGUGCAUACACCACCACAUGGAAAAAUUAUCAAUUAAGCAUCAACAAGAGAAUGUCUCAAUCAUAUCUGUAUACGAUGAACGAGAAUCCCGCAUUGGAGUGGAAUAAACUCGGCAAUGGGAGCAGCCUGGAUCCAUAUUUUUCUACGUCACCCGUAUUAACAAAGUUCGAUCUUUGCUUGAUUAUCGCACCAGCUAUUACGUUCAAAGCGGACACAAUAGUCUGCGGAAGUGCUGUAGAGGUGAACUGCAUCACGGACAUAGAACUAACAAUAAAUUUAGAUCAAAUUAAAUUAAUAUCAGCUCUCAAUGAUGAGUUUGUAACGUUGCUGUCGGAAAGUUUCGAGAAGGCAGAAGAUAUAAACGAUUCUACUAAUACAAUUCAAAGAUUCACUUCAGGAUCCCAAAGCAUUAAACCUAUUAGCUGGUUGAAACAGACGUCAAAUGAUUCAGAUCUAGAUUUGACUAAAGAUAGUGGGGUCGAUUUUGAAAUGUCCAGCAUGCAUUCAACAGUAAUUGGAAGGGCCACAGUUGCUGAAUCCAUGAUACUUUCACCUUUUGAAUUUCUAGUGAAUUGUGGAAAAAUAACAUUCAUUUUGUAUGAAGUUCAAAGCACGUGUCUUGAUUUACAAGAUGACAUAGAUACGGAUAGGACUGAUAGCGAAGAUGAUAACGAUAAUGUGAAACAACCAUUGCUUUACCUAAUGAUUAAUCAGCCGAAUAUAUAUUUCUCGCAACAACAUUUAUCGAAAAAGAUACAAAUAUCGUGUUUCGAUAUAACGAUUGCACUUGGUGAUGUGCAAAAUCUAAGUGCGAUUCCGACUGAGAAGGACUUCAAAGUUUACAUGAUAGAAACAAAGCACGGUGAUCCACAUCCGGACACGGGUAUCCCGCCUUCUUUUGCGACAAUAAAAUCUGAAACGAUUCUCGGCAAAAAUCGUCAAUUUUUCAUUGAAAUGGGACGACCAACGAAAAUAUAUUUUUCCUUGUCACGGUUUCACCAACUUUCUAACAUAAGAAAUAAGGUGCUGUCGUGUUUUAUUGAUGGUGGAAUUACGCAAGUGCCUGUAGAAGAAGCAGAUGCUGCGAAUAUGGAUUCGCAAAAUUCAGCAGUACCGAAAUCGAAGAAAAUCAGUGUACCUGAUUUAAAUCUAAGUACAAAACAAAUCGUGCUAUCCUUAAAGACUGAUUCCGGGGCAGAAAUUAUUAGCAGUUUGGCAUCGUUAAGCGGAAAUCUGUCAACACUUCUGAGACCAGACAGAAUAUAUUCAAACCUAUCUAUAGAUUCCUUCAUUGUGUCUGCGAUCUUAAAUGGCAAUAUCAAAGUGUUAUUAAAUCCAUGGUGUUGCAACGUGACAACUUGUCUGCUUUGGGAAUCUUCAUACAGCAGCGAAAUUAUACCUCAGAUACAAAUACAGGCAGAUAGUGAGAGCCUGUACCUUGAUUUUGGACCAGAUCAGAUCAAAAUUAUGAAAAUGGUCAUCCAAGAUUGUCAGUUGCUCUUGAGAGAACUCGCUUCAUUCUCUGCGAGCGAGAAUAAAGAUGAGAAGCAACUUGUGCUGUCGACCGAGCAACAUUACAAGGACGAUCUAAAGGCAGGCGCGUUUCAGUUUGUCGAUGGCACUGCGGACGAGCUACCUUUUCCGUAUCAAGUAGUAUUUUUUGCUUAUCCUCAGCAAGCGAUGGCUUGGAGAUAUCCGCAACCGCGAACGUUAACAAGGAUACAUAUAUCUCCUGUUCCAUUUGAAGCCGCAGAUGUCGACAACAGUUACAUCGGCAAAAUUCCUUGUGUUCUCGAGUACUGGAGCGACAGUCACAUGUCGUAUCAGCGUUACGCUGAGUUCUACCUGUCGGAGACGAAUUCCUACCGAUUGGAUCUGCCAGAGAAAGCGCCAGCGCGCGCGGUAGCCUGCGUGUGGCGUGUAAUUAUUUUAUCCAACAGCAAGCGACCGCUCUCCAAGAGCAUCGUUUCUGCACGUGCUCUCGCGGCCUGUCUACGCAUCGAUUCCUACUUCAAUUCUUUGAUAAUACCGAAUGUACAGAUCGCCUUAAAUGUCGGCGUGCUCCACGUGUCUCUGUAUAAUCAUAUCGACACGACUGUGUAUAACAGUUUGCCGCCACCGUUGGAUAGGUAUACCCUGAAUGGGAGAAUCCCCGAAAUACAAUGUUUCAUGUCCCUGGAGCAAAAAGGAGCCGUCCUGGUAUUUAACAAAUGGAAGGAUAACUCCAUGCUGCUGGAUAUCAACGGUACUCUGAGCAUGCACGUGCUAGAUUACAGUCACUUAACUAUGCAAGAAGUGCUAGAUGCCCUGGAGGGCAGAUUUCAAUUGUCGUUAUCGGACAAGGUGGACGCGUCGCUGACAUGCAAUCCGUUCACGCUGAAAUUGGGGCCAGCGAUAACACACACGCUCGCGGUUUCCGCCCAUUUGUGGCUAGCAUCUUUCGACGAGGAGGAGAAAAACGUAAUUGUUCUAACGCGCUACGUGAUCGCCAACGACAGUAACAUCUCCAUCAGAUUUGGUCAAAGUGGAACCGGAGAUAAUAUACUUCUGGAAAGUAGGCAGUGUAAUUUCUACUCGUGGCGGCAAAUCGGUAACCAGAUGAUACGUAUAUCAAUUGAAGAAAACGCGUGGGUGUGGAGUCGACCUUUUCCCGUUAACAAGGAUGGAAUUCAAGUGGUGGAAUUCAACAAUCCGACAGCUAAUACAAUAAUUUUCGUGAACGUCACGUCAUUCUCCGCAACACAGAAACUCGUAACGUUUUCGGGGCAACUCGUGAUUGCCAAUCAAUUAAUUGACAAUUUCGAGAUGCGGCUGGUGAAAUACGAGGCCGAAGUCGGCUCUCAAGUAACUGUUUCGAAGGAGGUGUAUCCCAUACCAAGCAAAAGCUUCCCAUCAUCUAUUGUGCUCGAAAAUAACAGGAAAAUGGCUAUGCGGCUACGUUUCACAAACUUGACGCAUUUGUCUUGGACUGGAGACAUACCUCUGCAACCUAACGUUAAGUGGGGCCAGCCCUGGCUCGUGAAAGUUCCGCUGCAGGAACGCGGUCAGUUUCUGAGCAUCUGGGUGCGGAUAGUAACGCAGGUGAUACAAGACAAAGUAAAGAUUCUUGCCGUAUUGAGCCCUCUUUAUAUGAUUCGAUCUCACUUACCAGUACCAGCAAGGGUUCAGAUGGAAACACCGUCGUUAAAAACGUCAUCGAGCACGACGGUGAACGGUCGUGGUGAGCGUCAGCAAUUAUAUUGUCCGGGUACAUUCGAGCAUUUCCAUCAGCUAACGUUUCAGUUGGAAUCUGGUGUCUCCGCGUCGAAUCCUUAUGUGCCACUUUCGUACAGUUCCGUGGAUCAACGGAAAUUCUUUAGGCGACCUGAGGUCGAGGACAUCGACAAGAUUCUGCAAGAUCUCAGGGACAGGAAAGAUGAGAUGAAGUGGCCGUUCCAAGGUGACGACACGGAAGAGUGGAUAUCUGCAGAGCAGCCACAGACGCACGUGCAAGUGAAGUAUCAAGAUGCAGGGUUGGUCUCCAGUACAUUAUUGCUGGAGCUGCAACCGUGGUGCUUCGUAAUGAACUCACUAGGUUGUCACAUCUCGUUAGUGUCAGAGGAUACGGAGCUCUGCCAGAUUCCUCACUACGGCAUAGUCACACCUCCCAAAUUGGAGGGCACCUUUCACGUAGGCGUUGGAAUCGGUGACACUUACUAUACGUCCCAGACGUUGCAGUUGGCGCGACUAGACUGGAGCCAGAGCUUCUACAUGCCCCGAAUCUGCGGCCUUAUACCGUUGGAAGGGAACAUUAAAACGUUCGUGGAUUGCGGCACAAGCGUCUCCAUAUUGAGCAUUAAUUCCUCCAUGUACGAGGACAUGCGUCUGGUGCGGAUUACGAGUAGCCACGUGAUCGCAAAUCUGACAUCUCAGGAGUUGUGCGUGGCUACGCUCGCGGUGCACGAGCAGGCGAGUGAUCUGCAGCUGCCCCACGAUCUCACUCCGUGCAGUCUGAACAUUCUACCGUCUGAGGAUCAAAAGCAGGGUACGCCAAUCGUGCAGUGGUACACGUUGUACACGGAUAGCAAUGUCGAGCCGCUCAUGCUGUACAUAUCCCUCAGCCUCGGUCACAGAUGGUCCUGUCCGAUCCGAGUGGAUCAGCCUAUGAGCCGGAAAUCCGUCGCCAUUCCAAACGGUUCCUCCUCUAUGCCAGUUAUCGUGACGACGCAAGAAGACAAAGGCAUCACGUUUAUCGUGAUACACAGCGAUGACCAUCCACAGUUACUGAUCGAGAACGCUUGCGGCUUUAAGAUCCUGCUAGGUCAAGCUGAUGAGAGCGGAAAUGAGAUAUUAUCGGACAGCGCUCAUUUCACGUGGAUAUGCGAGGUUGACAGCGGAGGCACGUUUCACUACUCGCUGCCUUGCGUCAGUAAUAGACUGCCUGACACUGCUAUCCCGAGUGCGUCGAAUGUGCUGUUGUUCUCCACCGUGCAAAACGAUCAAGUGGUAGGGAAAGGGAAUUUAAAAUGGUCAAGAGGCGUAAACCUGUCCGCGUUGUCAUCUACGCCAAUGGAUCAGUAUCUGCGACUACCCUCGUAUGGUGAUGUGAAGCUCAUAAUGCAGAGCCUCUGCUACACCACUCUCAUAAGUAUCGUACCUAUCUCCCAAAUUGAAAUAUCGGCUCAAGAUAUUAGAAGCAGGCUGCAACGAAAAAAGAAUCUGGCAAAAGAUUACGAUGCAACGUACACAACGUACCCUUCUUCAUCGCGUAGGCCGGAAGAAGAGAAACUAUCAUUGCACGUGCAAAGCUCGAAUAGCGCGACAUCAUUGACGAGUUUCUUUUCUGCCCAGGAGGAUAUGCUAUCAACGGAAGGAAUUGUCUCGGCAUCGAGUUCAAAGCAAUUAAUUCCGAAUAUCACGAAUACUAAAACUUACACUGAUGAAAAUCGAUUGAGGCCCACCAGCGACGUCAAUUCUAAUCCUAAAGAAGGCUCUGUAACGGUUUACCUGCGUACUUGUACAAUCAUUAUUCUUCACGACAUCAAUGAAAACGCACAAAGAAUCGAAGUCGCGAGUCUGUCUAUGACGGAUUUGGUCGUUACCAUAAAUUCAAGAGCUAGAUUCAUCAAUAUGUGUUGUUAUAUUGGCGAUCUCCAGUUAGAUAAUCAAUUAUUCGAUCAGGGAGGUUUUGACUUUCCUGUAGUGUUAAUAAGCCAGAACCCAUUGCCAAAUAGAGAAGUGGUAUUUCAUAGCAGUAAUUGUUUAAUGUCGAAUAUGGAGAAAAUCAAACAAGAUUCUUUGAUAACCAUCGAGUAUAUCUGGGAAGUAAACGGAAAUAUAAUAGCCUCGAAGGAGUAUCGUAUGAAAAUUGCGCCCAUCAGCGCGUACAUCGAGGACACGUACAUAACGCAAUUAUUGGAUUAUGCAACGUCGAUGAUACCACCACGUUUGGUACUGGGCGACAGUCCUAAAAAAAUACAAACGAUAGCUGUGUCAAACGCAGUGCACAUUCCGGACUACAUUAUGAUCGAUUCCAAGAUUUUGAGCAAACCGUUGAGACUACAAAAUUUUGUGAUAGAACCGUUGUCAAUUCUGUUGAGUGUUCAUACUUCCGUGCGGCUCUACGUCGCCCUGGAUCAUUCUCCGUUAUACUUCGGUACCUUUGAGAGGAAAAAUCUGUUGACCACUCCUUACAGACUUGGCAAUGCGCUUAUUAUGCAUUACUUAUCUGGAGCAAUAUUUGGGGCAGGUUGGGUGGUUGGAUCAUUGGAGAUACUCGGAUCUCCAGGAGGUUUGGCUCAAGCACUCGGAUCCGGUCUCAGAGACUUCGUUUCUCUACCAUUUCAAGGAUUGCUACAAGGUCCUUGGGGUUUUAUUGUUGGGAUCACACACGGAUCAGCUAGUCUAAUGAAACACGUCACAGCAGGUACUGUGAAUUCUGUCACGAAAUUAGCAUCUAGCGUCGCACGAAACCUGGAUCGUUUGACGUUGGAUGAGGAACAUCUUCAGCGACAAGAAGAAUCGCGCAGAAUGCGUCCUCAAGGCAUGGCGCAAGGACUCUAUCAAGGAUUGACUGGUUUCGGAAUGAGCUUACUUGCGGCUGUGGCUGGCUUGGCACAUCAUCCUCUGCAACAAGCGUGGUCAGGCGAAGCGACAACCAAAAGUUUAGUCACCGGAGUCGGACUCGGUUUGGUCGGUGUGGUUACUAAACCACUGAGCGGUGCCGCAGAAUUGGUUGCACUUACAGGUCAGGGCUUGCUACAAGGAGCUGGGUGGAAUCCGUUGCCUAUGCCACGCCAAAGACCAAUCGUGCAAUACACCACCGGCAAUAAUAGCACGUCCGUGCGGUAUACCUGGCGUCUAUCACCUUUGCUCGAUCACAGUCAUGACAGUAUUCUUCACGUAACCAGCGCAGACUACGUAAUCCAUCAGGGCAGUAAUCGCGCAGUAACGCUCGUCCUCACCCGACAAGCUUUACUGCUGGUUAACAUGGCAGAAGAUAGUGUGGAACGGAUAUUCUCGCUGAAGGAACUGACAAGCGUCGAUCAUAUCACGGAAUCAACGAUGUUGUGCUUAUAUUGUCCACCGGCCGCGACGCAAUCUAGCCGACCGUUGUCGCCAGCUGAGCACGAGAUGAAUCAAGAAAUGAGAGCGCGAGUCGAAGAAUACGUGCGGACUAGCAGCACCGGUUUGGCCAGUGUUUCAACCAACAGUGACAGACAGUCGGAUACUUUCGAGAGAACAUCCCCACAUCCAGAACAUACGCUUACGUUUUACGUUUGCCCGGAUACUCGUAAUUACUUACUGUCGCUAUUCAACAUUGCCAAGCGACAGAAUCAAGGCUCCGGGUUUGCUGUUUUAUAAUAAAGUGAUUAAAUUUACAGUUUAAUUAAUUUAUAAUUAAGUGCAAUGACUGAGGAAACGUUCCGAAUAUCGUACAAUAUGUAUAUCGAAUUCAAUGUGUCUUUUGGGUAUUCGUAAAUUCGAGAAUUGUUCGAACGCGUAAAGCUUACACGAAAGCAGUAUUACGAUGCAAACUAAAUCGAUUUUUAAAUACCCAAAGUAAUGUAGAUUCCAGGAGUUUUGUUGCUUAAGAAUAUAUAUUUCUAUCAUUUUUAUCGGAACACACUGUACAACGUUUAUUUUAUAAAAGAUUUAUUAUUUAUUAUGUACAAAUUUAUUAUGAAUGCAGACUGCAUAUAUGAAUUAAAUGACCAUAUAUAAAUUAUAUAAGAUGCAUAUAUAAUUUAUUGUUUAUUAUUUCUUGGAAGAAUGUCUAAAUCAAAAUGCAGCUUGUCUAAAUUUUUACUUGUAAGUGAUCAUAUAAUAUAUACUGUACAUGUAUAUUAAGAGAUAAAAAGACAUUUUU